AUGCAGAAGCGCAAAGAGCGCACCGGCUCACUCGAUGACGACAGCAGCGGCGCGCCAGCUACCAAGCGCGUGGCGCAUGAGCAGGAUGACGAACUGCCUGCUGGUAGCUUAUACGAAGCGGAGGAGGAUGCAGGUGCCGGACGCGACAUCGCGGAGCUGGGGGGCGCGGCCGAGUUGCCGGCCGGCCGCGUCUUUUCCAUCCAGAUUGGCACGGAGCUGUUCAAGCUGUCGGGGGCGUCGAUAUCGUCGGAUGCACCCUCGUACUUCUCUUCGACCUUCAGCGCGCAGCCCACGCAAACCCUCUACAUCGACCGCGACCCGGCCACCUUCCGCGACAUCUCGCUGCACCUGCAAGGCUACCACGUCGUGCCGCGCGACUCUGCGCAUUUCGUGCGCCUCUUCGCCGACGCCCAGUUCUACAGCCUGCCGCGGCUGGCGCACCAGCUGUGGGCCGGCGACAUGCUCAUCGCCGUCGGCGGGCGCGAGUUCCGCAUCGCACGCGACCAAUUCUCCUCCGCCGCGGCUGGGCCGGGCAACGAGCCCAACUUCUUCUCGCUGGGCUUCGGCCAUUUCUUCAGCACGCCGCACGAGGCGUUCCCGGGGCUGGACCGCCUGCGCCUCCUCCGCCCGCCCAGCAUCAGCCCGCCAGCCGUGCGGGGCCGCGACGCAGACGUGUUUGCGGAGCUGCUGAAACUGCUCAUGGGCUACGACGUGCACAUCAAGAACGCCGCGCACCGCGCCGCCCUCCUGCGCGACGCCCGCUACUUCCACUUCCGCGGGCUCGAGCAGCGCUUGCUGCCCUGCGAGCUCGGCUUCGACGCCCCCCGCCAGCGGGCACACAUCGCGCUGCGCCUCGCGGACCUGCGCCAGGCGGGCCUCAGCGUCGUGCCGGACCCUGUGUCUGCCGUCCCUUGGCAGGGAGAAGCGCACUACGCCCGCCCGUACGUCGACGACGCCGACGCGCCCCGCGCCCUCGUCCUCGUGCUCCCGCCCCACGAAGCAUUGCUGAACCCGCGCACGGCGCGCCUCCGCCUGCUGGGCGCUGCAAAGGCGCGCUUUAAUGCCCUCUGUGCGGUGCUGGCUGCACGGCUGAACCUGCCGGCCUCGACGCUGCCGGCGCUGGGGCUGCUGAUGCAGGAGGGUGGGGGAAGUGCUGCUGGUGCUGGUGCACCCCGCUCGGCGCUCGCGCCCGAUGAGCGCGCGGGCGUGCGCGUCGAGGUGGGCGAGGAGGCGUGGUUGGAUGUCGAUGGGGCGGGGGCGUGGUGCGAAGACGACGACGGUGGUGGUGAAGGUGGAGGUGAAGGUGAAGGGAAAGAGGCGAGUGCGCCGCUCCGCCCACGCCUACGCUUCGAGGGCGGCGUUGCGCCUGCGACGUUUGCCCGGCGGGGAGAUACUGCUACUGAAGAGGGCAAAGACGACGAGUGGUGGACGGUUGCGCGCAGCCAGUGGCGCGUGCGCGUCGUGCCUGGCUGUGGCCGUGAUGGUGAUAACAACGGCAAUGGCAAUGGCAAUGCCCGGCCAGAGGUCGUGUUGCGCGCCGUCAGGGUCGAGGUGUUUACGUGUGAGCGGGCGAGGAAUCGGACGAGGGCGUUUUUGGAGGAGGGGUAG